AUGAAUAACAACCCUAAUUUUAUUCGUCCUGGAACACUUAGAAAGCGUAAAAGUAAGGAAAACGAAACUCCUGAUCAACAAGAAAAGUAUCAUGCUUAUAAUCAGGAAUAUAAACGGAAGAAACUUGCUGAAGAAACUACAGAACAACGCGAAACAAGACUUAGAUGUAAAUCAUAG